AUGGCCGAAGUGAGUCCGAGUUUCACACUGAAUCCGGGUGAUGUGAAAAUGAUUCAUCAUCUUCGUAGUGGUGGCAAGUUGGUGGUUCAGAAAAAGAAGAAUGGGGAUGUUGCUUAUGCACUAAGUUGUCCCGAUGGAAGGAAGCUGUUUCUUGAGAAGACUAAGGAACUCGCCGUGCUGUCGCUAACGGAUUCACAGGGACAUUCAAUCAAAACACUUGCUUGUGAAUUCUAA